AUGAUAGAAAUUUCAAAUAGGUUUGAUGCUCUCAGGACACACGAAGAUCAAGACAAGGAUGUAAAUAAACUGUGGAUCACUGUGAGGAAUAAUAUCAAAGAGGCGGUGAAUGUCACAAUAGGUACAAUUAAGAAGAACAGGAGGAAACCGUGGUUUGAUGAGGAAUGCAAGAAAUUGGUGAAGUGGCUGAAAGAGGAGUUGGGAUUCCAUCACGCAUUUAACUACAAGACGAAUGACGCCACAGAGGCGCUGAAGCAGGCGGCACCUGACGGCGUCGACGUGUACUUCGACAACGUGGGCGGCGAGCUGAGCAGCGCAGUCAUCAACAGCAUGCGAGAGUGGGGUCGCAACUCCGUGUGCGGCUCGAUAUCUGGAUACAACGAAUCUAAUCUCCCGAAGGCUACCAUCAUCCAGCCUGUAGCCGUAUUCAAGCAGCUCCGCAUGGAGGGGUUUGUGUAUUCACGGUGGCACGACCGCUGGGAUGAGGGCAUUACCCAGCUGACGCAGUGGGUCCGGGAGGGAAAAAUCAAAUACCGUGAGACUGUAACAGAAGGGUUUCAAAACACCCCCAAAGCCUUCGCCGGUAUGCUGCAGGGUGACAACUUGGGGAAGGCUGUUGUUAAAGUGAAGUGGCUGAAAGAGGAGUUGGGAUUCCAUCACGCAUUUAACUACAAGACGAAUGACGUCACAGAGGCGCUGAAGCAGGCGGCACCUGACGGCGUCGACGUGUACUUCGACAACGUGGGCGGCGAGCUGAGCAGCGCAGUGAUCAACAGCAUGCGAGAGUGGGGCCGCAUCUCCGUGUGCGGCUCGAUAUCUGGAUACAACGAAUCUAACCUCCCGAAGGCUACCAUCAUCCAGCCCGCAGCCGUAUUCAAGCAGCUCCGCAUGGAGGGGUUCCUGUAUUCACAGUGGCACGACCGCUGGGAAGAGGGCAUUACCCAGCUGACGCAGUGGGUCCGAGAGGGAAAAAUCAAAUACCGUGAGACUGUAACAGAAGGGUUUCAAAACACCCCCAAAGCCUUCGCCGGUAUGCUGCAGGGUGACAACUUGGGGAAGGCUGUUGUUAAAGUGUGA